AAUGAACUUUGAACAGUGUGUCUAUGAUGACAUGACUGAUAAACACACACAGUGGGAUGGAGGGGAAAGAUAAACCUCAGGCCAUGUAGACUUCACUUCGACAGUAUCAUCGAGGAAGCCUGCUGCUCUUCUUGCUCUUCUUCUUUUGUUUGAUUAUAUUGCAAAGACUGGAUUACCAUCUCUCAAGACCAUGACUAUCGGCAAGAGCUCCAAAAAGAACAAGGCCCCUCGUUCUCCUCCUUUCCUGGACAAGGCUAAUGGAUUCUACGGGCGCUUGGAUGAGAUGUUUGGAGAACCCACACCCACAGAAGAGCAGAUAGGAGCCUUGAACAGAAGCAGCCAAGACAAUGGCACAGUUCCACGCUGGAUAGAAGAUGAUGACCAUGUGGUUGAUUUUAACCAGGGUAUGAUGGAUGAUGAUGGGACCACUUUACUGAAGAGAAAGCCCAGCAGACUAAGUCGCCGCUGGAGCAGGAUGAGCUCCAGGAAGGCAAAAUAUGACAAAUUUACAUCAGACAAACAACUGUGUAAUGAGACCAACAAAUCCACCUCUGUAGAUCUAAACCCAGAGGUGCCACCACCAACCCAGACCCUGGAAAACAGCGGAGAACCAGAAUCAACAAUGGUCCAUUUCUCCAUGAAGGAACAUGCUGAUGACCAGAUUCUAAUAUCAGGGAAGAAGGAGAAGGAAGGAGAAGGGGAAAUGGAAGACACGAGAAAACAGAAGAAGACAGAAGGCAAAUUGAAAGGAGAGGCAAUGGAAAUUGUAAAGAGGAACACUCUCAAGAAUUAUCAGAAGGCCAUAGACAGAGCUUUCCGUCGAGGAUGGGAGACUUUCGUUGCCAAUCUGUACAGUGUGACACUGACACCUAUCUCUUCUUCAUCAACACCAUCAGACAAAACUGAAUUGAACAGGAAUCGUGUUUUAGCAGAAUUCCGUUAAACAGAUUCACUUGUAUUUUCUUUCAAAUUGAUGAGUAAUUUCAUUUAUUAAUUGAAAUGUGCUCAAAUAUUUAAUAUGCAUUGCUGUUCUUUGCUUAAAACGGAUCAUUAUGUAACCUGACAUGAGAGGUCAAUAUUUGAACUUUUUAUCAGUGUAUGAAUUUGUUAUCACAGCACUAACUAAUGAGGCGUGUACCUGAUCUUUGUUCCCUUGUUAGGAAACAUGAUACUAUUAUUAUCCAUGGAAAGUUGUGUGUGUGUGUGUGUGUGUGUGUGUGUGUGUGUGUGUGUGUGUGUGUGUGUGUGUGUGUGUGUGUGU